AAAAUGUCUCAAUACUCAGGAAAAAUCACGUUUUACGAAGGCAAAUGCUUCACGGGCAGAAAGCUGGAGGUCUGCGGCAGCUGCAGCAGCUUCCAGGACCGAGGUUUCCUCAACCGGGUCAACUCCAUCUGCGUCCAGAGCGGGGCUUGGGUCUGCUUCGAUCACCCCGACUUCCGAGGGCAGCAGUAUGUCCUGGAGCACGGCGAGUAUCCCAAUUUCUACCGCUGGAACGGCCGCAGCGACCACCUGGGCUCCUGCCGGCCCAUCGGGAUGCACGGCGAGCACUACAGGAUCGAAAUAUUUGAGGGGAGCCACUUUAGAGGUCCCAGCCUGGAGCUGACGGAAGAUUGCUCCUUCCUGCAGGGACAAGGCUGGGACAAGACCUGCAUCAAUGCCCUCAAAGUGUACGGCGACGGCGCGUGGGUGCUGUACGAGGAGCCCAACUACCGAGGCCGUAUGUACGUGGUGGAGCGGGGUGAGUUCAGCAGCUUCAAUGCAUGGCAGGCACGCAGCGCAAAUGUGCAGUCCAUCAGAAGAGUCAUCAACUACUUCUAG